AGGCGCCCUGGCUCUCCUGAGCCGCUGCUACUGCUGGCAAAAGAUGGGAAAAUCAGAUAGACAUCUAUCGACUUAUUAAAAAUGAAGGUUUUUGCCGCUGAUGUCCAAUUGACAGAGGAUUCAAUGGUGACAUCGGGUUGAGAUCCACCUGACAACGAGAAAGAUUGGCGUUUGACUUGUUGAAGCAGGGAAGACUGCAAACGUUGUCUGUCCAUGAAAGUGGAGUGCACCAGACCUCUAUUUUAUCAUGCACAUUGUGCACGCUUUCUCCAGUUCAGGCAGAAUCCUCAAGACAUAUUUGCAGAGUUGGUGAAAGUGAACCACAAAAAUUCAGCAAGAAUAAACACAGAUAGUUGAGGCUGUACUACUUUUCUGCUGUCAGCACCGUUCCUCUAUCAAGCAGAAGAUGUACGGUAGUGCCCGAUCUGUUGGCAGAGGGGAUGCCAACCAUAGUGGUGGAAGAGAUGGAGGAAGUACAGGUAAUCAGGGAUCAGGCCGUUCCCCUCGCCUCCCCCGCUCUCCUCGGAUGGGACACCGGCGCACCAACAGCACUGGAGGCAGUGGAGGGGGACCUGGAGGGGCAGGAGGCAAGACACUUUCCAUGGAGAACAUCCAGUCCCUAAACGCUGCGUAUGCCACCUCAGGACCAAUGUACCUGAGUGACAAUGAGGUUGCCAUAGCAGGUGACCACCUGCCUAAAAGUGGUGGGACAGUGACGACGAUGGGGAGACAAAGAGUGACAUAUGGGUCGAGGGGCAGCAACAGUGGGGUUGUGGCUGCUAGCACCCCUAACAUUUCCACCUCAGUGCCUGCCAAUGCUAUACUGCCAGCAGGCAUGAUGGCAGGUGAUGCUUUAGCCUUUGGGGACCACCACAUGGCCUCCACUGUGCCCCAUUCUCUGAGGCAGGCCAGAGACAACACCAUACUUGACCUGCAGGCCCAGCUGAAAGAGGUUCUGCGUGAGAAUGAGCUGCUGCUGCGAGAAGUGGAAGUUAAGGAGAGCAAGCUUAGUUCCUCCAUGAAUUCUAUCAAGACCUUCUGGAGCCCAGAACUGAAAAAGGAGCGGGCUCUCCGAAAAGAUGAGGUUUCCAAGAUCACUGUCUGGAAGGAACAAUACCGUGUGAUUCAAGAUGAAGCACAACAUCUUCAGAUGACUGUUCAGGCCCUUCAGGAUGAGCUCAGGAUCCAGAGGGACCUGAACCAGCUGCUCCAGCAAGACCCGUCUAGCCAAAGCCGGGACCUGGCGCUUUCCUCUGAACCCACAGAGGAGAACUACCGGCGGCUUCAAGCCGAGCACGAUAGGCAGGCCAAAGAGCUCUUCCUCCUCAGAAAGACCCUCGAAGAGAUGGAGCUGAGGAUUGACACGCAGAAGCAAACUCUUGGAGCCAGGGAUGAGUCCAUCAAGAAGCUGCUGGAGAUGCUGCAGAGCAAAGGACCAUCUGCCAAAGCGUCAGAGGAGGACCAGGAGCGGACCAGGAGAUUGGCUGAUGCAGAGAUGCACCGGCAUCACCUUGAGAGUUUACUGGACCAGAGAGAGCGAGAGAUUAAUGCAUUAAGAGAGGAGCUGCAUCGUCGAUAUGAAGGAACCCCAGAAUCGACCAAAACCAAGGCUCUACAGACUGUUAUCGACAUGAAGGAUGCAAAAAUCAUCUCAAUGGACCGGAACCUUAGAGACAUGGAGGAGGAGCUGCUAAUGAUGAAAUCUAAUGGACUUCUGAGCUGUGAGGAGCGUCAGGAGGAGAUGAAGCAGAUGGAGGUGUACCGCAGCCACACCAAGUUCAUGAAGAACAAGAUGGAGCAGGUGAAGCAGGACCUCUCCAGGAAGGACACUGAGCUUCUUGGUUUGCAGACCAAGCUGGAGACGCUCAACAACCAAUUCUCGGACAGCAAGCAACAUAUUGAAGUCCUCAAGGAGUCCCUCACUGCCAAGGAGCAGCGAGCAGCCAUCUUACAGACAGAGGUGGAUGCCUUACGUCUGCGCUUGGAAGAGAAGGAGGCAACUUUGAAUAAGAAGAGCAAGCAGAUACAGGAAAUGUCAGAGGAGAAAGGCACGCUCAACGGGGAGAUCCAUGACCUCAAAGACAUGCUGGAGGUUAAGGAGCGCAAAGUGAAUGUGCUACAGAAGAAGAUUGAGAACCUGCAGGAGCAGCUGAGGGACAAGGAGAAGCAGAUGAGCAGCUUGAAGGAGAGAGUGAAGUCUUUGCAGGCGGACACGUCUAACACUGACACAGCUCUCAACACACUGGAGGAGUCUCUUGCAGAAAAGGAGCGCAUCAUCGAGCGCCUAAAAGAGCAGCGAGACAGAGACGACCGGGAGAAGACGGAGGAGCUUGAUUGCAAUAAGAAAGAACUAAAGGAGCUGAAGGAGAAGCUGAGCUUACUGCAGGGAGACCUGUCAGACAGAGAGACUUCUCUGUUGGACCUCAAGGAGCAUGCCUCAUCCCUGGCCUCCUCUGGGCUGAAGAAGGACUCCAAACUCAAGAGUCUGGAGAUCUCGUUGGAGAAAAAGAAAGAGGAGUGCCUCAAGCUGGAGAACCAUCUGAAGAGAGCUCAGAAUGCAGCCAUGGAGGCUCAAGCCAACACUGAGAUGGCUGAGCGCAUUAAGAACCUCGAACAGGAAGUGGCUCGCCACAGAGAGGAUUCUGGGAAGGCUCAGGCUGAGGUGGACCGCCUGCUGGAGAUCCUUCGGGAAAUGGAGAAUGAGAAGAAUGACAAGGACAAAAAGAUCAAUGAGCUGGAGAGGCAAACGAAGGACCAGACAAAAAAAGUGGCGUCUCUGAAGCACAAGGAGCAGGUGGAGAAGAGUAGGAACGCUCGACUCAUGGAUGAGGCCAGGAAGAGAGAGGACAACAUGUCUGAGAGCUCCCAGCAGGACACCAUGCGUCUGAAGUCGGAGCGUAUAGAGGAGCUGGAGGAGGCCCUGAGAGAGAGUGUUCAGAUCACUGCGGAGAGAGAGAUGGUACUGGCACAGGAGGAGGCUGCCCGGUCCCUGCAGGAGAAACAGAUGGAGGAGCUGCUGGGGGCCAUGGAGAAGGUGAAGCAAGAGCUGGAGUCCAUGAGGGCUAAGCUGGCCUCCACCCAGCAGUCUCUGUGUGAGAAGGAGGCACACCUUUCCACCCUGCGAGCUGAGCGCAGGAAACACCUGGAGGAGGUGCUGGAGAUGAAACAGGAGGCGCUGUUGGCCGCUAUUAGCGAGAAAGAUGCGAACAUCGCCCUGCUGGAGUUGUCCUCUUCUAAGAAAAAGAAGACCCAGGAUGAGGUGGCUCUGCUGAAGAGGGAGAAGGACAGACUGGUGCAGCAGCUGAAGCAGCAGACUCAGAACAGAAUGAAACUGAUGGCAGACAACUAUGAGGAUGAUCAUCUGAAGACAGCCCCCGACCACACAAAUCACAAACCCUCUCCAGAUCAGAUGAUACCCCCCCUUAUAGCCCUGUCCCAAAACCGCAGCAAACUCAAGCUCUACAUCGCCCACCUGACAGACCUCUGCCAUGACCGGGACCCCAGUAUCUUGAGUCAGCUCACGCCGCCCUCUCACUACCACCACAGCGACCCUGAAGACUGGGAGGAGGAGGUCCAGAAGAUGAGCGUGGAGCAGUUGGAGCGGGAGCUGGAGGUGUGUGAGAAGGAGAGCGGAGAGCUGCAGGAGUACGCCAACUCUGUUCUCCAGCAGAUCGCAGAUUACUGCCCGGACAUCCUGGAGCAGGUAGUGAAUGCCCUGGAGGAGUCAUGCUGACAACUCUGACCUCAGACACAAAACCUGGCUGAUCCUUGGUCCUCACAUAAACCUGUAGCUAAGUCCAGGAGCCCCUACCUCCACUCAUCAAAGCUCCUGGAAGGAUGAGAGGAUUUUUUCAGACCCCACGAGCUUCUCUCCUUCGCUCCUCUCGUCCACUCUGGAACAAACCCUCAAACCCAAAAGUGUUUUCCUGCAUCGUGUCUCUCUGAUGUCAGGCUUGCUAAAUUGAAUUUGGAAUGUUCACAAAGUCUGCAAGCAGCGGAUUUAAUGACAGCUCUGCCAGAUGGUAGGAAGACAAGAAUGUAAGCACAAACCAGGCAGGCAACAGCAUACCAGAGCUUGUUAAAAGAAAUUAAAAUCUCACUUUAGCGUUUGUGAACUUACCAAUUUAAUUUUUUUUGCUUCUAGUGAAGUUAGGAAAAAAAAUAAAUGUUGCAGACCUGCUAGUCUGGGACAGGUGUUGAAAGAAAAAGAGGAAGUCAGAUGAAAGAAUCAAACUUCAGCACAAAGUCUUUGAGUAUACUGCCAGACUUCCUCUCCCCAGACAUCUUCACUCACAGCAGGAAGUGCAAGAUCAAGCACAGUUACCUCACCAACUUUUAUCGUAGUCUUUGACCCCUUUAGAUUCCUCUCAAAGAAGCUUAUUCCUAACGGGGCAGGAAAGCACUUUUUUUAGUCAGAGAACUGAGGAGCUGCUACAUCUAGAGGGGAGCGGAGGGGGGGCAGAGCUCAGAGGGCAAAUCGUGGAGCCAUGUAGACGCUUGUUUUGUAUAUUAGUUAGUGUUCCAUAAAUAAAAGACUUGAGAUACAGUUGCUUGUUAGGAACACCAGCUACUGGUGGUAGAGCUUCUGAACUCUUAGGAAAAGCCACUUUUUAACCAAAUAUAUAUGCAGCAUGUUCUCCAAAUGUUUCCCUUCCCAGCUCAGAGCUGUGGAUGUGUCACCGUAGCCAGGAUUAGGUUGUAGGUACGUCUUUACUGUCGUCAGUGGAAGUCAUGGGUAUAAGCGGGGAUCAAAGGUCAGCUUUUAGUUACACUUUGUUUCUUAUUUGAGUGAGAGAGAGAGGAAACCAAAAAAAGCUUUUACUCUUGGUGACGCAUUAAGUUACGGAUGGUUUUGCACACAGUGUCCACUUGUUUAUGAGGUAUGCAAUGUUUCAUUUGAGAACGUUCUAGUGGCCUUGGAGCAGUCACAGUGAGAAGUACUGGACCUAAUGCAGGGAUGCAAGUUUCUCUGUAAUUUUGGUGCUAAGGCAUGGUGUAAGGAUUUUUAAUCUGAUAAAGAUCAUUUGGUUUCAUCCAAAGUUUCUAUAGAUGUUACUUUAAGCCCACCUGACCUUUAGUUUGUCGACUAAAUCUUCAGAGAAAACUAGAAAGCUGUUGUUUUUCUCGUAUUUUUCAGAUCACUGAAAAAAAAAUGCAAGUGAUGCCUCCUUUUAUUGUAUUUUUUGAAAUCUUCAGGGCUGAGGUUUUUAAUUACUAAGUGCAUCUACAUUUACAGGAAAUCAAAGUCACUUUUCAGCAGAUUUUGACUUUUUAGAUCAGUUUGUAAAUAACGUGGUAUUUAACACGUACAGUGACUGAAUAAAGGUAACUAAGUGAAAGGUGUUGUGCAUUCUCUUUAAAAAAAAUCUGAAAAGUUAAAAGCAGUGCAGUUGUCUUUUGUGUCUAAUUUUGUCUCCAGGACAAAAUGUGUGUGUGUGACAGUACUGCCAUAACUUGCGGAAAGUAAUGUUCUAUAGAGAUAUAUAUAAAUAAUACAUAUAUAUAAAAUGUUUACUGUAUGGAUAUGCAUUGAAUGUUUGCACAGAAUCUUGAAGAGCGAGCUGCUCUGAACAAAAUGACCGUCAAGUUAGUGUCCUCAGCACAAACUGGGGAAAGAAGUGUCAAAAAAAACCUUGUGUCAAAAUAACGUGUGAACUGCAAAUGUUUUCAAUCCGUGACUGUGCGAUGGGAGAGUACUUUUCUUGCAUUUAUUUCUAAUGGUCAUUUUUAUAUCUUUUCACCAAACGGUGAUGUAAAUGUAUUAUCCUGAGAUUCCAGUGUUGUGUUUUCUUCUUACGUCGCUGGUUUAUGUGUUGUUGAUGUCAAAGGCAGCCUGAUGGGUAAAAAUAAGUCCCCAGAUAUCAUGGCCCUCCUGCUGUUACAACACAAUGUUACACAACAUAACAGCGGAAAAGUGGAUCAGGGAGCUUUCUAACAAACCUCCCCGGUGUGUUUGGUGGGUUUCCAGAUACAUUUGGUAUGUAGGACUAACAGAUUUAACUAACAACAAACCCCAGCCUUAGGAGGUGGUUAGAUGGAUGCUUGUUUUUGUCCCUCUUGUCUUUCAAACUUCAUGGAAUGGAGAUUGAUUUCUCUGCGUUCCUUUUUAAACCCCUACACUUUUCACUGCUGGGUUAGGAGGAAGAAGUGAGCAUUUUUUAAAGUGUUUUGUUGCCCUUACUUUGGCCUGUGUGUCCCUGCCCUUGCCUUAAUGUCUCGUCAUCUCUUUUUCUUGACUCCUUAUUAAGGAUCACAGAGCUGAUUAAGGGGCUUCUGUCGUCAUAGUAUUUGUUUCUUUUCUUUCACAUUUGUAUAAGAAAUGUACUGCCUUCUGUCUGUUCGUGUUAAGAAUCAAACUGUGUAAAAAGAAAGCAAACAGACAUGUUUGUGAGUUAUUUGGAUUUUGUAUGAAUGUAAAUAAAUAAAUUAUAAGCCUUG